AUGUUUCUUCAUCUGUUUCAGGCGUAUCCAAAAUACGUCUUCAAAUAUGGGGUGAACGACUUCCACACCGGUGACAUCAAAACUCAUCACGAGAGCCGCGAUGGUGACGUAGUCAAAGGUCAAUACACAGUCGUGGAGCCGGACGGUUCCCUGCGCACUGUGGACUACACGGCCGACAAACACAACGGGUUCAACGCGGUCGUGCACAAGACCGCGCCCAUCUCCCAGCACGAAGCCACUCUUCUACACCAUCAUCAUUAUCUAUUGUCUUAUUCAGGGAUCAGCCAUUCAGCUCUGCAGUCGCAUUUGAGUAGUGUUUGCAUAAUGUAUUGUUUAGAGUGUGUAACUUUGGUGGUGAUCGCUGCAGUGGCGCAGGCGGAUCCUAAUCCCAAAUAUAACGGAGUUUUUCAGCCAUCGAUGGAAGUUGGAAAUUAUGAAGGAUAUUAUCAAGAUCGCCCCAGAUACGCCUUCAAUUAUGGAGUGGCAGAUCACAGCACCGGUGACGUGAAGUCACAACACGAGACACGAGACGGUGAUGUUGUCAAAGGACAAUAUUCCCUAGUGGAACCCGACGGCUCCGUUCGAACAGUCGAUUACACGGCGGACUCUGUCAAUGGCUUCAACGCCGUAGUCUCGAAGAGUGGACCGAGUCUUCAUGCAGCACCACCACCUCAUCAUGGCCAUCAUCAACCUUCACUGCAAAUCAUUCCUCAAGCCAUACCUCAGGGACAUCACGGGAUACCACAGGGAAUACCCCAAGGAAUACCCCACGGAAUACCCCAAGGGAUACACCAAAGAAUACCACAAGGAAUCCCACAUGGACUACCUCAGGGAGUAAUCGCUCGUGGACCAGUCGUACACUAUUUGGAAAAAGCUGUGCCCAUCCCCGUAGAAAUUUAUCCUAAGCGAAUAUUUGGAACUGGUGGUCCUAUUUUUGCCAAGGUUGGUCCGCAGUUUCCCGACUACGAGGGAUUUGGCAUCGACGAGUAUGAAGUACCCUACCCGUUUCAGUUUGAAUAGUUAGUAGAUAUAUAGUAACUGUACUUAUACUUAAAUAUUAUUAAAUUAUUCAAUA